GCUGGAGCAGUGAGAUCGUGCUCUGGGAAGGAAUAAAUCUAUACACACAUGUCAUUCAUUUUUACCUUAACAAGGAACCCGCAGAAAAUUCCACCCCAGCACUCGGACCCCCUGAAGAAUCCCCUUAAGGUUUUCAGUUAACCCUUUAUGUAAGGAAUCUUGUGUUGACAACAUGACGGAGAAGCAGCCUCAAACUGUUGUCCACAUGAUGGAGCCUGUUAUAAACGGACGAUCGGAAAAUGAUUCCGUGAGGAUUUCUGGAGGGGCCACCCUGACCUUCCACAAUAUAAACUACAGAGUAAAAAUGAAAAGUGGAUUCAUCUGCUGCAGAAAGGUUGUGGAGAGACAAAUAUUGCAAGACAUCAAUGGGAUAAUGAGACCUGGCCUAAAUGCUAUCUUGGGGCCUACAGGCAGUGGAAAAUCAUCGCUUCUCGAUGUCCUUGCUGCCAGGAAGGAUCCUCAUGGUCUGUCCGGAGAGGUGCUGAUUGAUGGGAAGCCCCAGCCAGCCAAUUUUAAGUGUACCUCUGGCUAUGUUGUACAAGAUGAUGUUGUGAUGGGGACUCUGACUGUAAGAGAAAACUUACAGUUCUCUGCAGCCCUCCGACUACCAAGGUCCUUGAGGCAGAAAGAUAAGGAUGAGAGGAUCAAUGUGAUCAUCAAAGAGCUAGGAUUGACUAAGGUGGCAGAUUCCAAGGUGGGCACCCAACUAAUCCGUGGAGUGUCAGGAGGAGAAAGAAAACGGACAAACAUUGGAAUGGAGCUUAUCACAGAUCCAAGAGUUUUGUUCUUGGACGAACCAACCACUGGGUUGGAUGCUAGCACAGCCAAUGCUGUUCUCUUGCUGCUGAAAAGGAUGGCUAGGCAAGGAAAGACAAUAAUCUUUUCUAUACAUCAGCCACGUUACUCCAUCUUCAGAUUGUUCGAUAGUUUGACUUUGCUGGCAGGAGGUAGAAUGUUGUACCACGGGCCAGCUCCGUAUGCUCUGGAUUACUUUACACAACUAGGUUAUGAGUGCGAAGCCCACAACAAUCCUGCAGACUUCUUUCUGGAUGUGAUAAAUGGAGACUCUACAGCGGUGACUAUGAACAAGCUUGAGACAGUAGACCUAGAGGAGAAUGAAGUGAAUGACGGUGGCGUUCAGACCGUGGUGGAAAAGCUGGCAGAACAGUUCUGCAACACAAAUUAUUACGAGGAAACUAAAGCCGAGCUGGAGAAACUCUCUCAAGGAGAAAAAGUCAAGACCAAUUUCUUUUCCAGGCAAAUCACAUACAACACCUCCUUCUUCCACCAGCUGAAGUGGGUCUCAAAGAGGUCAUUCAAAAACCUUUUGGGUAAUCCCCAAGCAUCCAUUGCCCAGGUCAUGGUGUCCCUGGUGCUGGCUCUAAUUGUGGGGGCCAUUUUCUUUGGUGUGAAAGAUGAUAGCAGUGGCAUUCAGAACAGAGUGGGAUCUUUAUUCUUCAUAACCACAAACCAGUGUUUUAGCAGUGUGUCCUCAAUUGAGCUCUUCAUUGUGGAGAAAAAGAUAUUCAUACAUGAAUACAUCAGUGGGUAUUACAGAUUGUCGGCGUACUUUUUCUCAAAACUGAUGGCAGAACUCAUCCCUAUGAGAACAUUACCCAGUAUAAUAUUCACUUGUAUUAUCUAUUUUAUGAUUGGAUUUAAACCGACAGCAGGUGCUUUCUUCACCAUGAUGUUUACGCUGAUGAUGCUAUCUUAUACAGCCACAUCCAUGGCACUGGCUAUAGCAGCUGGUCAGGACGUUGUUGCGGUUGCCAAUCUUCUCAUGACUAUUGCCUUUGUCUUUAUGAUUAUAUUUUCUGGAUUAUUGGUGAAUUUGACUUCCAUCAUGGAUUGGCUUUCCUGGCUCAAAUACUUCAGUAUACCUCGUUAUGGUUUGACCGCUCUUCAAGUGAAUGAAUUCACAUCCCUGAACUUCUGUUCCUCUAAAUCAAAUUCUACUGCUGCGCCAAGUACCAACUGUACAAGUCCCAGCCCUUUCACUACAUGCACCGGAGAAGAAUAUUUAUAUCAACAAGGCAUAGAUUACAGCGCUUGGGGCUUGUGGCAGAACAAUUUGGCCUUGGCUUGCAUGACCAUAAUAUUCCUAAUAAUCGCUUACCUGAAAUUGUAUUUUAUGAAGAAGCUCACCUAAAGUAAAAAUCCACCUCAAGAUACUUGGUGCAGACAAUUCAAACCAAGCACUUCAUAUUGCCUUGGAUAUGUAAAUAUGUCUAUAAACGUUAAGUCUAUAGUUGACCUGAUCUGUUGCUUGAGACGUGUGUAAUAUUUGUUAAUUUCUUUUAGUGCUAUUUUUUUUAGCAUGUGUUCUUAUGAACAGUAUUGACAGUCAAAUAUCAAUGGUGCCUUUUUUAUGCAGAACUGUGAACAUUCUGUAGCCUUAGUGCGCAGUACUGUAAGCUAUUUCCAGUUGCACAACUUCUCAUUACAGACUAUGCAUACAUAACUGUAUUUUUAAUCUGGACCUUGUUUGUUUCUGCAGUAAGUAUUUUUCUACAAUAAUAUAAAUUAUCACUUAUUUAUGGAUAAUUUUAAUUAUAAUUUUUAUAGCUUUUUUGCAUUUGUGUUAAAUUGUCCUUUUUUUGUUCUUGUAACAUGAUGAACAUUUUGACUCUACUAAUGACAACGCUACCUUUUUCUUACAGUGUAUGCUUAACUACUAAGAAUAACAAUUAUGUAAAUAGUUUCUAGUUAAGAAGAAAAUGAACGUUAUCCAAAUGACAACGUGCCACACUGUUGAUUUGUAAAACAAAAAAAAACGUAAAUAAAAAGUUAUAGUAUGA